GUAUGGCGUGAGACCCGGAAAAUAGGUUGCGGUCAAGCGGUCAGUAAAGGCAAAGUCGGCGGCACUUUCACAGUCUGUAAUUACGAUCCGCCGGGAAAUUACAUAAAUGAGGAGUUGGCUAAUGUUAAGCCGGCGCUCAACAAGAAAUAUAAGCCCAAACAUAAACAGCCGGGUCAUCCACGCAAUCAUAAACCAUAUAAACCCAAACCAGCCAAUCGUCGACCAAAAAAGCUUACAAAUCAACACUUUGGACUCCAAAUGGCGAUCAAAUAA